AUGGCACCGUCAUCAUGGCUUGACAUUGCCUCUGAUAGCCGGUUUUCCCUCGCCAAUAUCCCAUUCGGCAUUGCCACCUUUCCAAAUUCAGAGAAGCCAACAGUGGCAGUCGCCAUUGGAGAUUAUGCUCUCAACUUAGCCGUUUUUGCCUUGCACGACGGAUUUUCUCAGCUUGCGGAGAUUCAGGCUCACGUUGGAGUCUUCGACAAACAGAGCCUCAACGGUCUUGCAGCCCUAGGGCGAAGCCUCUCGGGGGCCGUACGACGCUAUUUACAAGACAUCUUCCGGGGAGACACGCCGUAUCCUCAUCUACUAAAAGACAACAGGGAACUGCGAAACCAAUGUCUUGUGCCCUUGACGCAGAUUCGUAUGCAUCUCCCAUUCCACAUCGGAGACUUUAGCGAUUUUUACGGAGGAAUGAACCAUGCGUACAACGCCGGUGCGCUGUUCAGGGGCCAGAAUGGAGCUCUCUUGCCAAACUAUUUGCACCUUCCAAUGGCCUAUCAUGGCAGAUCGUCUUCGAUAUUUGUGUCUGGGACGGCUGUACGGAGGCCAUGGGGACAGAUUGUCGAGGAUAUCACUGCCGCCGAGAAGCAUCCAAUAUUCGUCCCGUGCCGGACCAUGGAUUUCGAACUCGAACUCGGCUGUUUUGUCUGCGGUGGCAAUCAGCCAUUCGACAACAUCUCGAUCAAGGAAGCCGAAAACAACAUAUUCGGCUUCGUCUUGCUGAACGAUUGGUCGGCACGAGACAUCCAGCGGUGGGAAUAUGUACCACUGGGCCCUUUCAACGGCAAGAACUUUGCUACGACAAUCAGUGCCUGGGUUGUCUUAGCAGAUGCCUUGGAGCCCUUCAGGAAGCCCGGAAUGAAACAUCCAGGAACACUCUUGCCGUAUCUGCAGGAACAGCGCGAAGCCUUCACAUAUGAUCUGAACCUAGAGGUACAGCUCGUGAGUGGCAGCACGAAAAGGAAAUCAACCAUCUGUUCGACCAACGCAUCCGAUGGACUGGUCUGGUCUUUCCCUCAGAUGCUAGCCCACCACACCAUAACAGGUUGUACCAUGAGAGCCGGAGAUCUCUUAGGAUCGGGGACGAUUAGCGGUGAGACUACCUCGUCCCUGGGGUGUUUGUUAGAGCAGACAUUGAAUGGAAAGCGGCCAAUUCAAUUAGAAGGAGGAGAACAGCGAGCAUGGUUGGAAGACGGCGAUGAGGUCAUCUUGAAAGCUUGGGCUGGCAACGAGAUGGAUGGAUAUGUUGGUUUUGGCGAUGCUGCUGGAGUCUUGCUAUCUGCUCACAAGCAGAUUGCGUAA